UUUCUUCAUAAUUUCAAUGUGCUCGAAUUUACUUCGUGAAAAAGCAAACAGGCCUAUCUAUAAAAUUACGUUUACAUUACAUUAUGAUUUGCAAUUCGAAACGAUAUCUUCUUUGUAUCCAGCAAUUUAUAUCUGAAGACUCAUACGUUCCUUAAAGAAUCUAUUAUUAAUAUGGAUACGUAUAGAUCAUUUUUGAUAGAUUUUUUAGCUGGCGGGAUAUCUGCAGCCGUUUCAAAAACUGCAGUAGCACCUUUAGAAAGAGUGAAGCUAUUGCUUCAAGUACAGGCUACCUCGAGACAAAUACGGCCAGAACAACGGUACAAAGGUAUGAUGGACGCUUUCGUACGUAUACCUAAAGAAACCGGUGUCCUCAGUUUUUGGAGAGGCAAUCUAGCUAACGUAAUUCGAUAUUUUCCAACUCAAGCAUUGAAUUUUGCAUUCAAAGACAAAUUCAAGCUUUUAUUUUUGGAAGGUGUGCCGAAAGAUGCAUUUUGGAAACAGUUUGCUGGCAACUUAGCAUCUGGCGGGGCUGCAGGAGCAACAUCUUUAUUAUUCGUUUAUCCACUUGAUUUUGCCCGUACCAGACUGGCGGCGGAUAUCGGAAAGGCAGAUAAAAGAGAAUUUAAAGGCCUGGGUGAUUGUUUGGUAAAAGUUUUCAAGUCGGACGGAUUCCUUGGCUUAUAUCGAGGUUUUAACGUGAGCGUUCAAGGGAUUAUUAUCUAUAGGGCAGCGUAUUUCGGUCUUUAUGAUACUUCAAAAGGAAUGCUUCCUGAUCCAAAACAAACCCCGUUAUAUAUUACAUUUCUAAUUGCACAGGUAGUAACAACAAUCGCUGGAAUCAUAUCGUAUCCUUUCGAUACGGUUAGAAGACGCAUGAUGAUGCAAUCAGGACUCAGUAAAGAUGAGAUUAUGUACAAAAGUACAUUGGAUUGUUGGGUAAAAACGGCCCAAAAGGAAGGGAUCGAGGCCUUUUUUAAAGGCUCGCUUUCAAACAUUCUUAGAGGCACUGGUGGAGCAUUAGUUUUAACCUUAUAUGAUACAAUUAAACACAAACUCGACGAAGCACUAAAAAAAAAAAAUCCAAUUACAGAAUCCAAAUGACUUUCUACUCGAAUUAGAUCGUAAUAUUAAAUCACUUUACACAGUUGAAUUAAAUUUAAAUAAACAUUAAUUAAUUAUAGACGAGCAUUAAUGAAUUAACAUCGAACAUUAUUGCAAAUGCUAUUGGGUACAAUAAAAUUGCACGCGUUAAAAUUAGCCAUGCUCCUGCAGUAUAUAAUAUGUCUUGUAAGAUAUCUAAAUUUAUUUUUUAAGAUGUUUCACAAAAAAAAAUGUAUAUACACUUACCGAUAAAAAUAACAUAUCUUUAAUACUUUAUUGUUUUAUACACUAGAUCUGAUAAAUCUCAUAGACGUACCUAUGUAUAUUCAGUGCAAUGUUAACGUAACGACAAAUUUUACUGACAUUCACAAGCAAAUUGAUUCUUAUCUUUACUCGUUACGUAUGUAUAAUUAAAUUUCCACGUUUAUACAUAAGAGAUUAAAAAAAAAAAUUA